AUGGGGUCAUGGGCGCUGAGCGCCGCACUGCUGUGUCUGGGCGGAGCCCUUGCAUACGGCAAGCUGCACUCGCUGACCCUCAGGGAGGGCUCCAGCCCGGCGCAGGGACAGGCCGCCACGCCAGGGCCGCCGGAAGAGGAGCAGCCGGUCACGAAGGGCUGUGGAAUAGCACCACUCAGAGGUGCACUGGAAGGGUCUCGGAUUAUAGGAGGUAUGCAAGCCAGCGCUGGAGCCUGGCCAUGGCAAGUUAGCCUGCAGGUUCAAGAUGGUAAUUUUCUUGUGCACGUAUGUGGUGGUGCCCUAGUGAGAGACAGGUGGGUCCUCACAGCUGCUCACUGCACUAAAGAGGCUAGCGAUCCUCUCAAGUGGAGGGCGGUGAUCGGGACCACUGACCUCACCCGGAGCCACUCCCACACCAGGAGUGUACGCGUGUCAGACAUCGUCAUCCAGCCAGAUUUCAUUCUGGAAACGUUCGUAAAUGAUAUCGCACUGUUCCAUUUAAAGAAGGCCGUGAGGUAUAAUGACCAUAUUCAGCCCAUUUGCCUCCCUUUUGGUGUUUUCCAAAAACUGGACCAAAACACAACGUGUUUUGUAAGUGGCUGGGGAAGAACCCAAGAAGAAGGCAAUGGCACAACCAUUUUACAAGAGGCGAAAGUCCACUUCAUCUCUCGAGAGAUCUGUAACUCUGACAGGAGCUACGGAGGAGUGAUUCCUAACACUUCCUUCUGUGCAGGUCAUGAAAAUGGGACCUUUGACACGUGCAGGGGUGACAGCGGUGGACCCCUAAUGUGCUACCUACCAGAACACAAAAGAUACUUUGUGAUGGGAGUUACCAGUUACGGACAUGGCUGCGGACGGAGGCAUUUUCCCGGUGUCUACAGCAGCCCGUCCUUCUUCCAGCAGUGGCUGACGGCUUACCUAUCCCAGGGAAACACCAAGCACCUGUUUGACAUGGACAUGAUGCUUGGCCAGGUCCUCAUGGCCCUAGGUUCCAUCAUCCUUCUGGGGGCAACAUAAGGAGCCUCCGCAGGCUGGGGCGUCACUCUGCCCCUGCUGCGUCUACACGGCUCCCUUUAGCGCUUCCACACCAACAUUGGCUUGUUUUCAUUUUUGUGUUUUUGAAUGAAAAAGAUUGUGACAGAUACAUAGUUGUGAAUUCUGGCUCCAAAUCACAACACUUCAUUAGAACCUGAUUCACAAUUCUGUAUUUGGAAUACUUUCCUAGGGUUUGUAUAAAAUAUGCAGUUCACUGUGUAUGUACUUUAUGUGUAUAAAGGCCAAUAAACAGCUUAUAAUUUAAC